UUUCGCGGAAGAAAGCACUUGAAGUACAUCGAACUAACAACUGAGUCACCGCAGAGAACGAUAGAUACACCAGAUCGGUCAAAUAAUUGGAAAUUUGUGAAAGAGUAUCGAUGAUGAAUGUUUGUUGGAACGGACACGACUAGCAGCAAGUAGAUUUCACAACUGGAGAUGAUGAAUAGUAAAACUGGAAAGUUAUGCUAGAGCUUACCAACUAUAAUCAUUAUUUGUAAUUUUGUCUUGGUCGGAGAAGGUCACGAAUCCGCCAGGCCGAUGUCCAAUGUCCAUGGGAGUGUCAGCAGGCUGCGGUGUUUCGAAUGACCCUGUCCUUGACGGUGUCGCCUGAUCCGGCUGCCACAGGCGCUCCAACUGAUGCCCGCGUUGCAAGAUGUGCCAAGGAGAACGGCGAAAUUCCCUCAAGCCACACGGCCAGGGCCUCUCUACAAUUUAUGAGACCGCGGACCUCAUUUGAUGUCGGGCGUUUGCCCGAUUCUGCAAGACGUCGGACACACAUCUCGUCUGUGCAAUUUGAGUUUCCGUCUUUCAAGCCCUCACACAGGGUAUUUCUGCCCCGGAGAGCGUUCGAUGGAUCCGACAACUGUUGGUGGAAGCCGCGUUUUGGACAGCAGGAUUUUGAAAAUGUCUACCAGAAGCGACAGGCAACUGUCCGAAGAAGAAGCCUUCGUAGUGCUUGCAUCUGUGCCUCUGCCAUAGCUUUAACAUGGCUGAUUUUCCUGGUUGCGUCCUACACACCGGUGUUGGUUGUAGGACCAGCCUGCUACCUGGCUUUCUGCUUAGCAAUGUGGGCAUUCACCUAUCACUCUGCAUAUUACAAAGUGGAGAAAGCCGUAGCACUGGUAUUCACUGCUGUGCUGGUUGCAGCGGGCUUGGCAAUACACUCGUUCACGCAGGAACAUGUGUCACUGGUCGCUCGCUUUGGCAUCGCCACAAACGUGCUUGUGCUAAUCUACGCCGUGAUUCCGCUUCCAGUGCACCAUUCCGGCCUGUUCGCCGUCUUCUUUAGCAUUGCCCACGAGGCACUGGAGAAAGGCUUUGAGCCGCCCAUGCACAGCGUUUAUGGCCUGGCUGUACUUGUCAUUUGCAAGGUGCUGGUUCAUCUUGUCAUUCACCUCAUCCUGUUGUACGGCAGCUAUAUGCUGGAAGUGCUGAAGCGCAACACGUUCUGGCAACUCGGCCACUCGCUGCUGUAUCAGCACGACCUGUCGUUCGAACUCAAGCUGAAGGAGAAGAUGAUCAACUCCAUGAUGCCGCAGCGCUUCUCUGAGGAGCUUCUCGGGAACCCACCUCAGAUGGACGCUGUCUCAGCUUUGGCCGCACCAUCUAACUCAUCCAGUGCUGGUAGCCAGUACCUUUGUGUUGAGCCACACAGUGGACGUACUAUUCCUGCCAGGCCUAGUCGCGUGCUGAUUGGCUUUCGUCAACUCAACCUGUACAAGCAAGACAAUGUCAGCAUUCUGUUCGCCGACAUUGUCGGCUUCACGCGCAUGUCGUCCAAUAAGUCUGCGCGGGACUUGGUGUUGCUGCUGAACGACUUGUUUGGCCGCUUCGAUGACUUGGCGCUGCUCACUGGCUGCGAGAAGAUCAGCACGCUGGGCGACUGCUACUACUGCGUAGCUGGCUGCCCGGAGCCGUGCAAGGACCAUGCCGAUCGCUGCGUCAAGAUGGGCCUCGCCAUUGUGGCGGCCAUCCGUGAGUUCUGCGUUGACACGGGCGAGAGCGUGGACAUGCGCGUCGGCAUCCACACCGGCUCUGUCCUGUGCGGUGCGGUUGGGAAAAAGCGCAUCAAGUUUGAUGUCUUCUCCAACGAUGUGCGCCUUGCAAACAAACUGGAGUCGAGCGGAGUGCCUGGGUUCGUUCAUAUCACAGAUGCCACUUUCCAGGCUCUGCUAGACCAAGAAGACCUGCUAAUUCGGGAUGGUGAUGCUGCUUCAAGAUGCCCCGAAAUGGCCAAUAUGAAAACAUACCUGAUCACCAGCACUUCUAAUCCGAUUAAUAUGCCCGUCAAGUGCCCAGCACUCAACGUGGUAAUUGAGGAGUCAGUGGAGAACGAAGGCCUGCAGCAGACGCCAUUGACAAUGCAGACUAGCUUCUCCUUCGUACCGAACGAUAUAGAGUCGGAUCAUCUUCAGGUCGCUCCGUGCGUACCACUCAGCGUGCCCGAGAUCAGUGCCGUGGACAUCAUGGACGUCAACCCAUCAAAACAGCAACAGUACAGCGAAGCUAAGAGACAGCAGCCACUGCGCCGGCAGGCCACUCUGCCCUCGUCGCCUCGCUUUCACCGCGCCAGUCUGGUGGGAGAGAUGCUGGCACGCGCAGACAUACCAGCACCACAAGAGCCAGGCAGACAGCUCGAGAAAAUCCACUCCGCCAUUCUGGAUGGGGCUGUGCGCCAAAUGCAUCGGAUGGUUACAAUCUUCGAGUCUGCGGAUAACGUGUAUCGCACUAUUUACAACUCCGAUGUCAAGCUGGAAGGGUUCAGUUGGCUGACGCUAUCGUUCAAGGACUCCAUCCUGGAAAGCCACUACCAGACGAUGGCAGCGAAAGAUGACGGAGUGCAGGUGUGGUCGACGUUCGACAAUCCACGCUUUGCUAUCCUGCUGCAGUCCAGCAUGUGCUUUGUGUCGUUUCUCAUCGCCUCGGUGGUGAUCUAUUUGCUGUACGGUGCCGGUGACAUUGUGCAGCCCGUCGUCUUCUCGGUGGUGUUCGCCCUGUUCAUUGCCGUGUGGCUCGUAGCCGGUGCAGCUGCCUACCCGUCCAUGGUGCCAGCCAAGUGGCAUAGCAUCCUCAAGAUGGCCAUGAGCUGGAACUGGCUCAACGCGUUCGCCAUUGUGCUCAUCUUCUCACCGGUGGCAGUCAUCUCGUCAGUGCUGCCGGCGCACUGCCCAGCAGCCACCCAUGACACGUAUGAUGGCACCAUCUUCAUCUUCUAUCUCAUCCAGGUGGCGCUGGUCCAGUGCUUGUCGUUCACUCACUUCCACUCCGUUCUCAAGGCCUCGUCCACCAUUGUCAUCGGCACGAUGGCAAUCGUGAUUUCCAAGACUGGCUGUGGAGGGCUGUGGCACAGAUGUCUGCCUCUGUCCAAUCACUUCCUGGAUAACGGCUACUUCCAGCGCUUUGGCGAUCCAAAGCUCUUUAUCAGCGGCAAUAUCACGGCCGGCUUCUGUGUGCCAUUGCUCAGCGACUCUGUAACUCACGAGAUCAUUCUGGACGUCAUUCUGAUGGUGGUCAUACUCAACUUUCUCAAUCGGGAGUUUGAGGUGUCGGCACGACUCAACUUCCGCACCAAUAUCCUGGCACAAGUGCAUUACUGUGAGAUUGAGGACUUGAAAGCUCAGGCCGAUCAGCUGCUUUCCAACAUUGUACCUGAUCAUGUCGUACUUGAAUUACAGCAAUCACAAACCUACUCUGAGGAUCAUGAGUUGGUCGGUGUCGUGUUUGCCAACAUCACCAACUUCACUGAUUUCUACUCGGAGAGCUAUGAAGGGGGCUUGGAGUGCAUCCGCGUGUUGAAUGAGCUGAUCAGUGACGUUGAUGACAUGCUGGAAAGCGAGGAGUUCUCUUGUAUUGAGAAGAUCAAGACGAUCGGAUCGACGUACAUGUGUGCAUCCGGCUUGAAUCAGAGUGACAGCAGCAGCAGAGAUACCGCCCACCUGGUCUCCAUGCUCAAGUUCUGCCUGCGCAUGCACAGCAUCGUGGCGGCAUUCAAUCAGAAUAUGCUUGGCUUCUCGUUCAAGCUGCGGAUUGGCUUCAACUAUGGUCCGGUGACGUCGGGUGUGGUGGGUACCAGCAAGCUCCUGUACGAUAUCUGGGGAGACACAGUCAACGUGGCAUCUCGCAUGGAGAGCACUGGUGUCGAAGGCCGAAUACAGGUACCAGAUCACUGCAUGCGCGUUCUCAAGAAGGACUUCACCUUCGACGAACGAGAGGAAGCGAUUGCGGUCAAAGGCAAGGGCAUGAUGAAAACGCACUUUGUUGAUGCUCAGAAGGACCUCACUGACUUUGUGUUUGUCGGUUCAAUCGACUGUUAGCAGUGCCGUGCGUUGCUGGCUCUCCAGAGUGGUGUACGCCGAGUGGACGUGUGUUUGGAACCCAGUUGUAUCUCAAUCUCCGGUGAGCGAGUUGUGGCUAUCUUCAAAGCUCCCAUGUACUCGUGGGCUAUGCAUGCGGAUCUUGAUGCGUAGAAUCUACCCAGAAGUGUUCUUUUGGCAGUGUGCCUGUGCUCAUCAGCGACGCGGGAAACAUUGUGAGUAAGUUCCAGGUACGCACACUCCCUUUCGACUUUCUAGGUUUUAUUACUGUUUUGGUCCGUUGGUCGCGGCAGAUCGUUCUGCCAUUGUAUUCCUAUCUCUCUUUUCGCCCAGUCUGUAUGAUUAGCGACGAAGUGCAUGAGUAUGUGUGUGCGUGUUUGUUUGCUGUUGUUGUUCUGCACCUGACACCAUCUUCCUGGUGUUGUUGCCCCCUCCUCGAAAUGUUACCUAGCCAUGUGGUUGAUGUCAACUGUUUGUUUUUUUAGAUCUUUUCUUCUCUAACGCCACUCACUGCAUAGUGACUUUAAACUUGUUUUUACUGCUCACAGUGGCGAUCGUUCUGUGACUUCUAUGGUCAGCAUUGCCUUUUGCUAACACAAAAGUAAGGUAUUUUCCUACUUUAUAUUUUACCCGUUAAGCAAAUCUUGGGCUGAACGUAUGACAAUCUUUAAGUAUACUAGAUUAUUCGACAAGCCUGUCAAACCAAAUUUUAAUAUCUUUUUUUUAACUAUUCUCUUUUUAUACCCGUAUGCUCGUGGCUUCCCUGUGCUUGUUACCAGUACCGGAUCUUAUCUUUCUUACGACCAGCCGGAAUAUUGAGAUACGUGUUUUAAUUUCUUAAGCGUAACGUACUGAACAUAAUCACUCGAGACUCAUCCCUGUACA